AGCACUAACAAUUUUGACGUUGACGUAGUUUUCACAUCUGUCUCUUUCUUUUUAAAGUUCUUGUUGAAGAGUGGAAAUAUGGCAACCUCCAAGAAGAAGACUAGGAAGCUGAGAGGACAUGUGAGCCAUGGUCAUGGACGUAUCGGUAAACAUCGCAAGCAUCCUGGAGGUCGCGGUAACGCUGGUGGUGAACAUCACCAUAGAAUAAACAUGGACAAAUACCAUCCAGGAUACUUUGGCAAACUUGGUAUGAGAAAUUACCAUUUAAGAAGGAACAAGGAGUUUUGUCCUGUGCUGAACUUGGACAAACUUUGGACUCUGGUUUCUGAACAGUCGCGGCUUAAAUACGCCAAUGCCACAGAUGGAAAAGUGCCUGUUAUUAACAUUGUGAAGGCUGGUUACUACAAAUUGCUCGGAAAGGGCAAGCUACCCAAACAGCCCGUAAUUGUGAAGGCCAAAUUCUUUUCAAAAACAGCAGAAAGGAAAAUCAAGGAAAUUGGCGGGGCAUGUGUUUUGUCUGCAUAAUUUAAGUUUAAUAAAAUUUUAAAAACAUA